AUGUCAUAAGGUGGAAGCAGCACUACAGAUGCUUAUAAUUUAUUUGAAAAUAUUGCGAGACGAAAGUCUGUCUCGAAAAGAUUUAAUGUUAAAGAUUCAAAGAACUAGUACGAACAGUAGCAGAAAAUUUUUGAGAAGUAAAAUGCUCUGCCAGAGAAUAUGAAUCUUAAUUAGAUUUUUACUCAAGUUCAGAAUAAGCCUUAUCUUAAAAUGUACCAACAGAAAAAUGGAACACAUGAUUCAGAUCGGGAAAAACCAAGUUCAAUCAUUUGCAAUAUAAUUACAAAGAAGCUGAAGAAAAAUAAAUAAAAUAUCCUUUUUGGGAUGAUUGAUGAGGAUGAGAAUGAAGAUAAAAAUUUGGAUUUUGAUACAGACACCUUGAUUUAUCUGGGUUAAAUAGAAAAGAACAAAAUGACUGAAGUAUUGAAUAAAAGUAAUGAAGAAGAGUUAAGUAGAAGGAAAUCUGUGAGUAGAUUAGAGGUAAUCAAAGAAAAUAUCAUUGCAAGAAAAGAAUCAAUUCGGAAAACAAAUAAAAUCUAAUAAGCUAAUGAGAAAAAAGAAAUAGGGAAUUAAAAAACUUCUAAUCAUUUUGAUGACGCAAGCACAAAUGAAAUAAAAGAGAUAGAGAUCAAGAUAAAUGAUGAAAGUCUAAAAUAAAUCUAAAACCCCUAAUAAAAUCAAUUAAAACCAGAUAACCAAACAAUGAUGAAAAAACGACUUAAUCUUGAAAGGAGUCUUUAAUAGAAGAAGAUAGAACCCGUGAAAUGUUUAAUAGUUUAAGUCCCUUAAGAAAUCAGAAAACACUAGAAAUUAUUUCAAAAGGCAAUCUAAGUCAACAAGCAAAAUAUGAAGGCAAUGAAUAAAAAUCUUAAAAGUCUAAUAAUUGCCAUGAAAAUCGAUAAGAGUAGAAAAGAGUUUCUAAAAAAUAACCCGGAGCUUGCAGAAUAUGAGGAGAUGUAGAAGAAAUUACAGCAAGAAAAUUAAUAGAAAAAGGGUCCUAAAAUGAACAUGAUAAAAAAUCUACCUUUGAAUUAAAAGCUAUUAAACAUAGAAAAAUACAAUCUUGAUUCUAAAAAAAUUCUAAACAAGGCAGAAAUUAAUAUUCUCAAACUGGAGCAAGAUAUGUACAAUAUACCAAAGCAUAUCAAAAUAACAAAUCUGAAGAAACUUCUACAUAAAAAUUUCGCCAAAGUUAAUAAAUGGAUUAAAUGCAGUCUUAACGGGACUUAUUAACAUGAUUUUGAAUUCUUUAUGCAAAAUGAUAGGACUAUAGUUGAUAAAAAUUCACUCCUUUACUAAAAGUUAUUGGAUGAGUAAAAGGCUAGAGAAAUACUUUCCUAGAAGUUAGAAGAUUCAAAAGGUGGCUACAUAGAUCCAAAUAUGAGAGCUAUAGAUUUGACUUAUAGAAAGAUAAUCAAAGACAUUUUAAUGAAAUAUCAGGUAAAAAACCACCUACUCCUGCCUAUAUUCGAUGAAAAGAAAAACAACAUUGACUUAAAAAUGUAGGAUAUUAAUAAACUACAAGAGGAGAUUAUAAAAGAGCAUGAGGAAAUAGAAAGAAAGUUAAGGCUUUUGAAAGAAAAAAAGUUCAAUAAAUGGAAGAUUAUUAAUUAACAAUUCAAGCAAAAGUAGGCUCAUUUAGGAAAGGUUAUCAAUUAAUCUCCUGAUACAUCACCUAGUUUAUCGCCAAAGAGCUAUAGGAAAGUUUCGAUUGAGAGAGUAGACUCUCCUGAUAUUGCCCAGUAGUCUCUAAAUACAGGGUCUCCAUCAAACAUGGGAACAUUCUCAUCAAAUGGAAAGGUUGGAUAAAAAUUCAGGGAAUUUCUUAUGGAAAAAUUGGACAAACAACAAAAUUAAGAAUUAGUAACUAAGCUGGAUGAGGAAAUUGGAAACCAAAAUAAGAUGCUUAAGAAUCUUGAUAAAGAUUUAGAAGAGUUUCAUUACUUCAAUAUCAAAAAGUAAUUUGGAGAUAUGAAAUAUGAUGUGGACCCUUUACUACCAGAGGAUUAUUAUGUAAAGAACUCUAAGAAUAAACAUUUUUCAAAGAAUAUUGCAUUAUGGAAGUAGUAGGAAUUAUAUGAUGAUUUGCAUGGUGACUGGGCUACAACAUUAAAAAAAUUUCGAAUAUUAUAAAACAAAUGA